UAACCAGCAUUUAGCCUCGGUUCAAAGGAUGGUGUUCAAAGUCCGUUGAGGCCAGCGUUUCGUGUUUCAGCGAUCGUGUUCCACCGGCACAAUCUUUGCACACGCUCCUUGCUCGGGUCAAAACAAAUAUAGAACAGCUUUGGAAGGAAAGCUUUCCUUAGAACAGAUGAGCAACAAAACAAAGGAUGACAACAUCAAUAACAACGAGAAUUUGGACCCAUCGAAAGCAUGCUCAACCGAGGAUCCGAAAAACCGCCCAGAUUCAAAUUUCAAAACAGUGAAACAACCCCAACCAUGCAAAGAAAAGCAAAGAAGAGUUCACAUCAAACAGCAACAGACCAGAAGAAAGAAAUGGUGGUAUUUUAAUCGGGGACUUCAACCAAUUUCGGAAGUUGUUGAGAACAAAGAUGAUGUUACAUACACCAAUGAAAGUGCUGUGGACAUUUUAAGAGACCUUGAAGAUACAGAGAAAGCUGUUAAGGUAGAAACCAUCUCAGGACCAAAUGGUGACAUACCUAGUUGUCCCAUCAAAGAGGAAAAUCCAGGAAUUUCCCAGUCAGGAUAUAGUGCUUGUAUAAAGCUGAUUGAAAAAUUCCAAGAGGCUGUUUUAGACAGCGCAGUGCGAGUGAUCCAAGCUGCUUUUAAGCGUUUUCGGGAACGGAGACGGUUUCUAAAGCUGAAGAAAGCAGCUACAGUAAUUCAGAGGAAUUUUCGCAAAUGGUUGGCCAUGAGACACAUGUGCUUGGGUCCAGGCAGCUUUGAUAGACAGAGGUCGGGCAGCUCUAUGUCUGAUGAGUAUCGGGAAACCACCAGUGAUUUUAUUGACGAAGAUGUUGGAGAUAGAGAACUUCCGAUGAAAGAUAACUGUGAAGGUUGCUUUUGUUAUGAACAUUACGCUGACUCAGAUGUGAUACUUUGUGAAUGCAGUUUACAUCUCAACAACACUAAAAACGGUGAUGAGGAGAGAGGAGUUUGCUGUGGAGAGGCCGAUUCCUCUGAGGACUGUGAUAGCUUAUUAUCAGACAGAGAUGAGGGCUUUUCCUCAAUGGAUGCCCUGUGUUCGUUUGACUGUUGCUGCAUCAUUGCGGAACUCAGUGGAGGACUGUGUAGAUGUACUCUGCCAACUGGAUUUGGUGAAGAUGACUCGAACAUAGAGCCAUCCUUGGAACAUGUGUCAAGAUAGCAAUAGCUACUCUGUAGUCUUUUAUUGGUGUCUAAGUAAGUGCUCCCUCUCUCUCUCUCUUGAUCGAUCCUAAGGAAUUUGUCAAUUGGCUGCCGGCACUUAGGGACAACCCUACUGUUUAACCAUAAGUUGAUCCUGCAGUUGCUUUGACAGUCUGUAUAUAAUGGUCAUAGACGUUUUCUUACUCUUCUUUUUUCCUUCAUUGAAUUUACAAUGAAUGGAUCAUUGAAUCAUGUUAGGAAACAAAAGGGUAGUUUGUUGGUAGAAAUUAGUGAAUUCUAAAUUUGAAUGAAUUUUAUUUUUUUCAGUAUUGAAAAAGACAUUUAAAGUUAAGCGAAGGCUAAUUAUCCAUCCAUUUUUUAAGCCAAAGCAUGUUUUUUUUACUUAGUAUAACCUGCCAGUUUUGGAGGGAUGUUAAGUGGAUUUACAUAAAAUCAAAUAUAGAUCGGAAUUCUAUUAUUUUCUUUAAAUAAGAAAAUGCAAAAGUAAGAUGUAGUGCUAAAACCUAAAAUUGCCAAAAAUUAUUAAUAAAUUAAUCUGAUCAUCAUCACCAUUAUUCAGUCUAAGAACAGAUCUCCUUCUCUGAGAAAACAAUGACCAGAUAUGCUGGCAUUUGAUUGGACAAGUAGUGAAUUUAUUCUUAUGGAUAGAAGUGCUGCUUGACUGAUCUAAAAAAAAAAACAAAGUACAAAGCCAACAAUAGAGUGGUUUUCAUUAACCCAUAAAGCUAAAAUUCCUUUGUUUGCUUUGGUACUCCCUUGACUAUUAAACUUUGACCAUCACACUUUGUUUCACAGGUUAAUGAGAAUCACUUUGUGAUUUGUCAAUUCAACUCUCAUCAUCAUGUAACUAAUAUUAAAAAAAAGAAAUUUAGAAUAUUUAAAAGAAUCUAUCAAAAUAAACAGAAUUUGAUAUA